ACGCCGCCACUUCACUACGGCAACUGUAGGCAGAUUCUUUCUCUUAUAUUCUUCGAGACUACAUUACAAGUCUGUUCUUCAGCUAGUUAUCGUCGUCGUCGACUUACUCGUCCCACGAUUUUUUCUUGAGAAUAGUUAUUAAUUGUUAUUUGUGUACCGCUUCCUAACUACCUAUUAUUUUCGUUAUCAUAAAAAGUUCAUUAUCUUCACUAUAACUUACAUAAUUUUUUUAAUCAUCCUCGCGGAUUUUCGGUUUCGUGCGCGUUGAAGUGUGUUGCGAGCCGAAAAAAAAACUUCGUGUCGUUUCGUUCGUUGCUAUUUUCAUCAAAUUCCACGAUCAAUCACAAUCAUGAGUGCAGACAGUGCCAGUCAAAGCAUUCAAAAGCUUUACAAGCAUUUCGGCGUUCUUGCCGACGCCAAGGAUAAACUUUCGGAGCAUGAGGCAGAGUAUUUGGAAAUAUUGAAAGCUGUUAAAGGUUGCCCUAAGGAAAAGCGAUUAGCAUCUCAAUUCAUUGCACGUUUCUUUAAGAACUUCCCAAAGUUAGCUGAUAAAGCAAUUGAUGCUCAUUUAGAUUUGUGCGAAGAUGAAGACAUUUCUAUUCGUAAGCAAGCUAUCAAGGAUUUACCUGCCCUGUGUAAAGAUAGUAAAGAACAUACAGCAAGGAUUGCUGAUAUAUUGGCUCAGCUCUUACUUGCUCCAGAUCCAUCAGAAUUAGAUGUCGUGCAAAACAGCAUUAUGACUUUGAUUAAGAAUGACCCUAAAGGAGCUAUAAAUGGAUUUUUCAUUCAAAUCUUGAAUGCAGAAGAUGGUAUCAGAGAAAGAGUGAUAAAGUAUUUAUCUUCAAAGUUGAAAACUUUAGGUCGCGAAAUUAUAAACAAAGAAGUAGAAGAAGUCAUAAUUUCAGAGUGUAAGAAAGUGUUGCAAGAUGUAACUGCUGAUGAAUUUCAUAACAUUAUGGAAUUAUUAGCAUGGACAAGACUUGGAUCAACAGUUUCUGGUCAACAGGAAUUGGUGGAUAUUGCAGUUGAACAAGCAGAGUUAAACAUGCCUUAUACCAAUAAUUUUGAACAAUUCAGUAGACUAAUACAAUGUAUUCAACAUGCUCUUCCAUACUUUAGUUCACAAGUAGAUUCUCAACGAUUUGUCUCAUAUGUUUGCAUGGAAGUUUUGCCACAUUUAUCAUCAAUUGCAGAUCCCAGUGGUAAAGAUGUUCAAUUAGAACUUCUCAAAUUACUUGCAGAAUUAUCAGAGCAUUGUGGAAAAUUAGAGAAACCAGAAGAAAAAGUUGAGCAACUGUAUAAAACCUUGGUUAAUUACAUGCCUCUCCCACCAGAUUCGGAUAUUACUGAAGUACCAAAACUUCAAUUCAGCCACGUUGAGUGUUUAAUGUAUGCUUUUCACAAAAUUUGCAAGCAAGCACCAGAAUUUUUGAUUAAGGAUCCAGAACAAUUAAAAGAGUUUAGGCUGCGAUUACAGUAUUUUGCUCGGGGUAUUCAAGGUUAUAUCAAAAAAUUGCGAGAAGCAAUUCAUGGAAAAAGUGAAGAAGACCUGAAAUCCAAGGAAAAUCAAAUUAAAGUCAUAGCUUUGAAAACAACAAGUAAUAUUAACACACUUAUUAAGGAUUUGUUCCAUUCGCCACCCAGUUUUAAGAGUGUGAUUCAUCCCUCAUGGAAGACAAUUAUUGUACAAGAGAAAAAAAUAGACAAAGUGACCACAGGAACCAAGAGACAUACACCAAUUACAUUUGGUAAUGGAAACAGCAAAGAUAAUCACGAUAAUACAAACAAUUCUAUAAAAAGAAUUAAAUUAGAUAAUCAAAGAAACAAACAAUUGUAUACACCACCAAGUGGUAAAUACAGCUCUAAUAUCUCACAAAACUAUGGUAAUCGAGGUGGAAGAUUCCAAAAUCAAAACAGAUUUCAGAACAACAAAAUGAAUGGUGGACGAGGUGGAUUUAGACCAAACAGAGGUCGCGGCGCCUGGAGAAAGAACAAUUCAUAUUAGUCUAAUUCACAAAUUUCGCAUAUUAAGAAAUUAGUUUUUUUAUUUUAAUUAUAAAUGACCAGGUAGGGCCGAAUCGUAACAAAACAAAAAACAACGCUACAUUCAACUUUAAUGAUAAAACUUUUUUACUGAUAGUUAAUACUAAGAGUUUCUUAAACUUAGUAAAAACUCAAAAUGCAAAAGUUUUCUUAAUACGUAAUAUUCAUUGAAAUAUUUCUUUGUAAAAAAGGAUCUUGAAGAAAUUUAUUACCAAUUUAAAAAGGGAAGCAAUGAAUUGGAAGAAUGCUCAAUCGACUUUUCCAUUUUAUUUGGGGCAAUUCCUGUCAAAAAAUACUGUAUUUUAAAACGGAAUGUAUAAAGAUUAGUACGUGAAAUCGGAAAAAAAUUUAUAAAAGCUUACAGUAAUGCAAAUGAGAGGAUUUUUUCACAAACAAAUGUUUAUGAUAAUGCGAUUAAAAAAUUGCUAAUUUGUAUUAGCCACUUGAAAAUACGGCCAAUUGAAGGAGCGACACAAAAAUCUAAUUAGUGUGAGAUAACAGCGAAGUAAUCAUUAUUAGAAAGAAACUUAUGUAAUUGUUCCGAAAGCUUUUUCCUCUUCCUAGUACCAAAAAUAUCCUGAUCUUCCUAAUUUUUCUGUCAAUCCACAUUAGAAUUAUCACUUUCAUUAAUUUAUAUUUGUCUACAGGAAUAUGAAGAUGCUGAAAGGAAUGUUCAAUUAGUCACAAUUGCUGGCGGUAUAUUAAUAUUUUUUUGUAAUCAAAAAACUGGUGUAUAAAUUAGAUUGCUUUGUAUUGCCAAUUUUUAAUUUUUUAGAUAUUUGUAUUUAUUGAAGAUUUUUAAACUACUUGACCAUUAAAUUCAACAAUCAUUUUUUUGAUUACAAAUUAACAAUGCAUUUAUUUCGUUGCAGCUUGCAGGGAACAUUUGAGAAAAUACAAUUAACAUAUUUGAAUAAAAUUAACUCUUUAUUUUCAGCUUUAAAAGAAAAUUCUGUUGAGAAUUUUAAAUUUUCAGAUCAUUAAACAGGAAGCGAUUAUGAAUAGGUAUGCCCCAUUAGUCAUUAUCAAUUUACAGGUGAGUUUUAAGCUUUUCUCUCCUGAAAUUCCUUCCUUUCCCUAAAUUUAUCUACAUAAGUAUAUUACAUAGAGCUUUCGUGAAUAUUGUAUUUAUAUAAGUCUGUAGAUACACUUCAAAUUAAAUAAAAGUAUUUCUUACUUUAAAUGAAAA